AUGAAGGCUGCGGAUCUGCCAGACGCACUGGCACCAGCACCAGCACCAGCACCCAUAGCAAAGUUGGUUCUGCUAUGGGUGCUGGUGCUGGUGCUGGUGCCAGUGCAUCCACUUUACCACCGCACCCGCCAGAACCACCAGCUGUCAUUGCCGGCUAUUGUCACAACAGUGGCAAUAUCAGAAACAAAAACAGCAGCAAUGGUGUGUGUGCACUUUCUGUACGAGAAGCAGGGCUACACCAACUUUAAUACUACUUUCCACUCCUGCGCAUUACCAUGAGCAAGCAGUUUUUUGCAGGCCAUCAUCUGCCACCUCGCUGACUGCACAUGCAAUGAAGACCACCUGGCUGACCUUGUGAAGGAUAUGCAUGAAUGCUGCCAAGCGAGCAGUGAUUGGCAGGAAAUUUUAUUUUUAUUUGAUAUGUACAUAAAAAACAGGGCAUAGGCCUAUUAUCUGUUAUUAUAAUAUCUUGACACUAGAGCGGAAAGGGCUACCUUUUCUAUUCGCAGCUUUACGGUUUGCCUUUGUGGUGUUAUAAAUUUGGAAAUGAUGUGAAAGCUG